AAAAGAUGAGGAUGCAAAAUAUUGAAAAUGGUGAGAAUCAGAAUGUAGAAGAUACAAAACCGAAGGAAUCAGAUGAAUCUACAUUUGAAGAUGCAAUUACUGCCACAGGAUUCGGGAAAUACAACUAUGUAUUACUAUUUAUUAUAUCGGUUCCUUGUAUUGCGCAACUAGUAAACACUGUCGAAUUAUCGUACGUACUUCCAGUAGCAGCAUGCGAUUUAGAUCUAAGUUUAGAAGAUAAAGGCGUUUUGAAUGCUGUGAUGUUUGCUGGUAUGAUCGUGAGUGGACCAUUUUGGGGCUAUUUUUGUGACGCUCUGGGUAGAAAACAGAUUAUUGUAUAUGGUUAUUUUAUUACCGGUGUCUUCGCUAUUACAGCUGCUUUAUGUACAAAUAAAACUGUUCUAAUCGCUGCAAAAUUAUUAUCUGGUGUAUUUAUAAAUGGCCCAUUUACAGCCACAGCAUCCCAUUUGGCUGAAUUUCACUCAUCAAAAUAUAGAGGAAAGGUAAAUAUGGCUAGAGGAAUAUUUAUUAGCGUUGGAAAUCUUUUGCUUCCGGUUUUAGCAUGGGCCAUUCUUCCUAGAAAAUGGAAUUUUUCCGUUUUCGGUAUUUUUGAUAUUCAUUCUUGGAACAUAUUCUUGUUAGUAUGUGCUUCGACGACUGUACUCAGUGGAUUUUUUUACAUAUUUCUACCGGAGAGUCCAAAGUUUCUGAUGACAAGUGGAAGAAAUGAGGAGGCUUUAGCUGUAUUGCAAAAAAUGUACAAGUUAAAUACUGGCAAUUCUAAAAACACUUUCCCGAUUAAACGAUUAGUAGAAGAAACUAAAGAUGAUAAUACAAGGAACAAUAAAGUUGGUGAAGUUGGUGCUGCUUUGAAAAAAGGAUGUUUAGAAAUGGGUAACAUAUUACAUCGUCCACACAUUUUUUAUUUAGCGCUUGCUUGUUUUAACGCUUUUUCUUUAAUAAUGAGUUCAAACACCUUAAAACUUUGGCUUCCGGGAAUUUUCCAAGCAAUUAGUGAUUAUCAACAUAACCACAAUGAUACCAGCAAUGACAUAUGUAUAAUGUUAGAAGAGUUGAACCCGCAAUCUCACAAUGAUUCAUCCUUAGAAAACUGUUCGGUGAACAUGGAUAAUCUAUCUGUUUACAUCAACACCUUUAUAGUCGCUGCAACCAGAAUAGGCGCUUUUGCUGUUUCUGAAAUGUUCGUAAAUCUGCUGGGUGUCAAAACUUUAACAAUUGUAACAUGUUUCCUGAGUUCGGGUCUUCUAACAUCGAUUUACUUUGCAAGGAGUUCUGAAGCUGUUACAGUUUUGUCGGCCAUUGGUACUGCCACCGGAAGCGUAGCAGAAAAUUUAUUGGUUACAUUAACCUUAGAGCUAUUUCCGACUUCGCUGAGGACAAUUGCGUUAUCAAUCCACCUAACAUCUGGACGAGCAGGAACUUUAGUAGGAAAUAUUAUUUUUCCGUAUUUACUACACUUAGGAUGCUUACCACCUUUUGUUUUUAUUGGUGUAUUUGGAGCAGCUUGUGGAGUAUUUUCCUUUUUCUACUCGAGCGUUGAGAACAAACCCUUACAAUAGAAUCAAUAAUUUUGUAAACUGUCGAGCAACACACUUUUUAUAUUUUAUAAAUUAUUUUCCUGUUCCUUAUUGUUACAAAUAAAUAAUAAUUUGAUAAGUU